AUGAUUUUUCUUUGCGUUCCUAUUACGUUGCUGACGCUGAAUAUUUUUGCCGGUUACAUAUGGUUGUGUCAUCGAUAUAGGUACUUCAAGCGCCACAACAUAUCAUAUCUUCCCGCUUCUACUCCAUUUGGUAACCUGAAGGAGCUAAUAUUAUUACGAAUAUCUUUUGGAGAACUCUUUGCUAACAUUUACGCCCAUCCGAGCAUAGUAGGGGCCAAUGUUGUUGGUUUCUUUCUUUUCCACACUCCAGCAUUGGUCAUCCGAGAACCUAAAAUCAUACGCCUCAUUCUGAUUAAGCAUUUUAAAAGUUUUCUGAACCGUUACGAAGCAGCCGAUGACUUCAACGAUGAAUUGGGUUCACUAACAUUACCAUUGGCGAAAUAUUCAAAAUGGCGAGAAAGCCGACAAAGUAUGUCACAAUUAUUCACAACUGGUCGCAUUAAGCAUGUUAUGUAUCCGCGUAUGCUCGGUGUGGUGGCCGAGUUAGAGAAUUAUUUAGAGAGACAGCUCGGUAAGCAGGAUAGUAAAGUCAUCAAGCUAAGCGAAAUGUGCACGCUCUUCACAACUGAUAUGACGGGAUCUCUUUUCUAUGGCCUCGAAGCCAAUGGUCUGCUUGUAGGGAAAUGCGAGCUCCGCGAACAAACACGUCGCCUAUUAGUGCCUAACUUCCGGAAACUUCUGCAUUUUAUGAUAAUAUUUUUUCUCCCUCAAUACACAAGGCUCAUACGUGCCAAGUUAUUCUCGAAGGAAUAUACACAUUUUAUGCGUGAUUUAGUUGGUACUGCUUUGAAGCUCUGUCGGGACACAAAAGAUGCUAACUGCAAGCCCAACCUCAUUGACCAACUGCUUCAACUGCAAAGAAGCAAGCCACCAACGCACUACGUGCAGCAUCCAGACUUUAUAACCUCACAGGCUAGCAUCAUAUUGCUUGCAGGGUUUGAGACGUCAUCGUCAUUGCUAGGAUUUGCGCUUUACGAAGUCGCCAAACAACCACAACUGCAGAUUCAUUUGCGGAAUGAGCUACAUAACGCCUUUGCCACAAGAUCUUCUUUGGACUACAGCACUUUGAUCACGCUUCCAUUUCUUAAUAUGAUCUGCUUGGAAGCAUUACGCUUGUAUCCAAUCGCUGCUUUCAUCAAUCGCGAGCUUACUCCGGGCGAUAGUGAUACAAAGUAUUCACUGCAGCCAUAUGCGGACUUUGUGGUGCCCAAAGGAAUGCCUGCCUAUAUUUCUAUAUUGGGCCUUCAACGUGAUACUAAGUAUUGGCCCAAUCCGUUAUGUUUUAACCCAGAACGAUUUGCGCCGGAAAACAUAAAGAACAUUGUGCCAAUGACAUAUUUACCUUUUGGCGCUGGUCCCCAUGGCUGUAUUGGUAGUCGUUUGGGCAUAUUGCAGCUGAAAUUGGGUCUCGCACACAUAUUGAAAAGAAAUCGUGUAGAGGUUUGCGAACAUACAAUAGAGAGCAUACAUUUCAGUCCCAAGGCUUUUAUGUUGGAAGCAAAGGAUAAUAUUUUUUUAAGAAUUUUUAAGGACGAGAAAGUAAAACUUUAA